AGCAAAAAAAUAACAACUGUUUGGCUUUUCUCAAAAUGUUUUAAAAUAGUGGUUUGUACAUGCCUACAAUCUUCAAAAUUGUGUUGUUUUUCUUGCGCUUCACUACUUAGUUGAUUGCCUUUUCAAAAUGGAGCACAUAAAAAGUGCUGACUUUCUCAAGGAGCUUUUCUCCCCUCCUUUUUCCAGGCUUUCAAGUGGACCAGACGGGGGUGCAGUGACAACUAUCCUGAUAUAUGGAUUUUAGCCUCACCGCGUCCGAGCCAGACUUGUUUCCUUGGACCUAAGACCCCAGUUGACGGACAGUAAUUCCCUUGAACUUGUUGGCCUUCCGUUCCUCAGCCUUUCUGGAAGUUUCAACCUGAGCAACGGUCAAGCUAACGUUGGUCUCUCCAAGCAGUCAAUAGAACCGUUUGUGCAUGUUGUGUUGCAACGUAGUAGGCUGCCAUUCCAGCAGUCAAGUGUCAACAUCGGCACAGCUCCACACUUGCGUGAUUGGUUUUCAUUGAAGACUUUCCUCGUGUCUUCCACCGCAGCCAUCGACCUGAUCCGAUGCUGCGAUGCUGCUGAUCGAUGACGAAAUGGAACUGGCGACUCCAACUGCGCCACAGCCAUGCAACUGCCAGACUACUGUUCUCUUGGCUGCCCCACAAUUGGCCAACUAACCGACGAUGGUGUUGCGAAACUCUUGCAAGCCACUCAAAUCAAGUUUUUCCGCCGACCGAAUGCCGCGCAGAAGUAUGAAAAUCGCAAGUGGUUCCAUUUAGUUUUCAUUUGCGGCUCAUUGACGUUGGUCGUAUAGUAUAGAUCAGUACCGAAUACUGGCCCCAAAUUCGGACAAGUAGGAUGGCGUCACUCUUGGAGCGGAUUGUGCUGCUGGUGGCAUUGGCCACUUGCGUAGUUCGAGGCGACGAUGGAUUUCUGACCGAGCCGCAUUACAUCAAAGAGUGUAGGAUAGCCGACAGGGACUUUGUCAACUGUUCCACGCACAGCAUCCAGCAGCUGUUCGACAAACUCAACGACGGCAUUCCCGGGCUAACCAGCAUCAAGAGCUUCGAUCCCUUCCAUCUCAACCGCAUCCGGAUCACCCAGGGCAACAGCAACGCCAUCAACCUCAAGGUGGAGCUGGCCAACGUGAAGAUCGUCGGCUUCGGGCACACGCACGUCUUGGAGAGCCAGGUGUUCAAGAAGGACUACAGCUGGAAGACCACGUUCACGCUGCCCCAGAUGAAGCUGCAGUCCGACUACAGUCUGUUUGGCCGCAUCCUGCUCAUCCCGCUGAACGGCAAGGGGCAGGUGUUCCUGGAUGCGGAGAACAUGACGGUGACGAUGCACACGAAGACGCGACUCUACUCCAAGGGCGGCUUCACGUUCUACAACGUGACCAGCCUGCACGUGGACUUCAAGAUGGAUGGCCUCAAGUCCUACUUCUCCAACCUGUUCAACGGCAACAAGCAACUGGAGGACAGCACCAACAAGUUCUUCAACGACAACUGGCGCAUGCUGGCGGACGCCCUGUAUACGGUCAUCACCCAGACCAUCGAGGACAUCCUGCUGGACGUGCUGAAGAAGAUAUUCCACUUCAUUCCGGCCAACUUCUUUGUGAGCGACAUCCCGACGCCGGAGCAGCUGUAUGGCAGGGCCAAGCCGAAGCCCAAGUGAGGAGAUGUCUUCUGGGAGAAUCUGGUAGAAUCUGGGAUAGGGGUAAUGCUGUAGUCAAGCCAAUAAAGUCUGUGGGAAAACACCAA